UGGAUAGGUUGGUAAGUGCUAUUGCUAAUAUUGUUAUUUAUUGGAAUUCCAUUUUUGAAAGUGUUUCUGCCAAAACCUCCAAGGAAACUUGAGUCACUUUCAUGCACAGAGUUCUAUACUUGUCUGUAUCAUUGAAACGUCGAGUUAGAUUUGCCCGAUUUAUGUAGUGUAAUUACUUCAAUUAUCCAUCUUACAUGUAAGUUCCUCAGGCCUCUGAUGGAAGUGAAGUUUUCUGGCUUUGUGUGAUUUUAUUUUAUUUUCAUGGUUUAGAAAAUGAAUUUAGUAGUGUUACCAUAUUUUUUCUUGUACAUCAAUGAAUCAUUUGUAAAAGUGGCCAAGUGAAGAGCCAGGUUUUGGCCUUUUGGAUCUAUGCUAUUUUUGUUUACCACAAAUAAUAACAGUCAGGAAUGGGAAAAAUCUAAGUUCGCAUUUUGCAUAUAAUAAAUGGAGUCCUUAUGAUUUUUAUUUUCUUGGAGAAAGAUGAAAUCAAACUGAUUAUUAUCUCUGUUUAUGCCUCACAUGAAGGAUUGUUGCAAAAAAUUAUUUUGGAGAGUGUGGGAUGUAUCUGGUUCAAUCGUUCAGAAUCAAAGGGUUGGGAAAUUGUUGCGAAGAAGUAAGUAUAAAUAGAAAGAGCAUGCUGGAUUUCUGUAUUAAGUUGUUGCCCAUGUUGGUAUAUGAACUUGUACAGUUUUAUCUCUUUUUCAGAUUAAGGGAUCAUGUGGUGGGGCCUGACAAUAACCCUUUCCUUAUAUUUCCCGAAGGAACUUGUGUAAACAAUCACUACACUGUUAUGUUUAAGAAGGGUGCAUUUGAGCUUGGCUGCUCAGUUUGCCCUGUCGCAAUUAGGUACAAUAAAAUUUUUGUUGAUGCAUUCUGGAACAGCAGAAAGCAAUCCUUCACAAUGCAUCUGCUACAGCUUAUGAUAUCAUGGGCUGUUGUUUGUGAUGUGUGGUAUUUGGAGCCCGAAAAUAUGAAGCCUGGGGAGACUGCCAUUGAAUUUGCAGAGGUAACUAGUCUUUCCUGGGCUUGUAUUAAGAACAAAGUGCCUUGCCUCAGGUCGGUCUGAUCUUGUUUUAUCUCCACCAUUUUGGAUACUUCAUUGCAGGGUCAGGGACAUAAUUUCUAUUCGAGCAGGACUUAAGAAGGUCCCAUUAUUUCAGGCUAUGGAGUAUUUAUUAGUGUGUAGGGAGCAAGGAGGU